UGACGAGGGAGAAUACACUUCCCAGAGGCCUCUGCGGCGCUAGACCGGAAGCCACGGACGACUGCAGUGUCCUUGCGCGCGGCGCCGAGCGAAGACGAUGUCCCGAAUGUGGUCGCUGAUGAGGUUUCUCAUCAAAGGCAGUGUGGCUGGGGGCGCGGUCUACCUGGUGUAUGACCAGGAGCUGCUGAGUACCAGUGAUAAAAGUCAGGCCGUCCUCCAGAAGGCUGAGGAGGUGGUUCCCCCUGCUAUGUACCAGUUCAGCCAGUAUGUGUCUCAGCAGACGGGGCUGAAGAUACCCCAGCUCCCAGCUCUUCCCAAGUUUAACUUUCACUUCCAAGAUUCCUGGAAUUCAGGCAUCGUUACAGUGAUGUCUGCCCUGUCGGUGGCCCCUUCCAAGGUCUGCGACUACACCAAGGAGGGCUGGGAAUACCUGAAGGAGCGAGUCAAGUAACCUGGACGUUCGAGGAGCUGCCUGCCUCUGUUGGAAGUGGCAGGUAUGCAGUGAACUGAAGACUCCAGACUGGGACCCUACUCCAAGGGCAGCUCCUGGCCCUGCCGGCCCAAUAAAGGACUUUGGAAACAUC